AUGGUGGGCUUGCUAAAGAUCACUGGCCUUGUGGAACUGGCUGUAUGUGACAGUCUACAUGAGAGUAUGGUUAAAGCCAAACCAGAUGUUAAGACACCAGAAGAGCAACUUCAGGGAGGCCAAAUAGAAGAGGUGAUUCUUCAGGCUGAAAAUAAACUAAGUCUGGGAAGAAAAAUGGUUCAGUGGAAACCACGGGAGUCUUUAGCAGAAGAGCCUCCUGCCAACCAAUGGAAAUGGCUAACAUAA